AUGUUCAAUCCUUCUUCCUCGUCUGUGCCCACCUACAGUGACCCCUCCAUGCACCAAGCAGUGAACUUCUCUGGUGAUCUGCACACAGCUCCAACCGAAAUUCCCCGUGGCAGCGGUUUCUUCCAUGGCAAUGGUGGUCUGUUCUCUCCGGUCGAUGUUUCCGCUUCGCCGCCGCCUUCCUACAUCUCUUCCCUCCUUCCCUACAACAUAAACACGAGCACCAGCUCACACUCCUUACCCUUUCACCUCCAGUUUCCUGACCCCCUCAACGGUAAUGCCGCCUUCUCUUGCCCGUCUCAUUUGACAUGGCAGUUGCAUCCACCCCCUGUUGUUUCAUCCCCGUCCUCAUCCUCCGGCGACUUCUUUGAACUCAGCCGCUCCGGUACCAUGCGGCGUGUCCUCAGCACCGGUGACCUGCAGGGGAAGAAUGUUCCGCUGCCGGCGCCAAUACCGCCGCAAUUUCCAGGCGACAACUGCAGCCAGGAAGGUGGUGAUCCUUUUUCAGAGAAGGUGGGGCGUUACAGCGCCGAAGAACGCAAGGAGAGGAUCGAGAGGUACCGCGCCAAGCGCCAGCAGAGGAACUUCCACAAGAAGAUCACUUACGCGUGCAGGAAGACACUGGCGGAUAGCAGGCCAAGGGUGCAGGGCCGCUUCGCGAGGAACGUGGAGGCGGAGGGCGACAUGGAGACGGAGGCGUCUGACAUCAGCUACGAGUACUGCCCAUACAACGACCUCAGUGGCGGCAACCGCUACGGCAGCCAGAGCCAGAGCCAGUGCAUGGAAACCGUCGGCGAUGGCGCGGCGUCUGACGACAGCAAGUGGUGGUGGGGCACGCCGGUGGCAGCCAACAAGCAGCAGCAGCAGCUUGGUUUCGACGUCGACGGCGAUGACGAAUACCAGCUGUGGGCCAGCCUCGCUGACAUGUGCUAAGCUCCGGCACCCGAUUGGUGCGGCGCUGUCUGGUCUCUGGUGCGAGGAGCACCGAGCGAGCGGCGGCUGCAGCGGUCAGAGC